AUGCCGCCGCUCUCUGCCACUGAGGCGGGGCUCGCCGCAGGCCGCCGAGGCGAGCCAGACCGCGCAGCGCGGGCGAGACAGUGGGGUGGCACGCCCGCGGCCGGCAGGGGGCUGGCAAGCAUGCGGGCCCAGCUCCUGGCGCAGAAGCAGCUGCUGGCCAAGGUCCAACAGGAGGUUCAGGAGGUCAGGCGGAAUAUCCGCGAGCAGACGGCCUUCUUGGAGGAGCUUGAGUUUCAACAGGGCGAGCUCGUUGACAGCAUGCCAGUAGCUACCGAGGAGGUAGCGCCCGCCGCCCCUGGCGUUUCAAGAAUCACCACGCUCGUGAUUCAGAACAUCCCCAUGGCCAUGACGCAAGCUGACCUGAUGGACCUCUUCGACAAGUCUGGUUUCGCGAGCCGCUACGACUACGUCUACAUGCCGACGACUUUCGAAACGGGGACCACCAGGGGGAUCGCGUUCGUAAAUUUUGCCACCUCGAACGACGCCCGCGAAUUCUCCAUCCUGUGGAACAAAUCGCGGCUGACCAGAGAUGCCGGCGCUGGAGUCACCGGGACCGUGAUCGAGGUCAGCUCGGCGGCGAGGCAGGGAUACUCGGAGAACGUCAGGAUGUGGACGGCGAGCCGGCUGCGCCGCAUCAAGAACCCCAAGCUCCACCCCUUCAUCGCCCAGAGGCCAGCUGCCCUGUGA